AUGGGCGGAUAUCGGUUCAAGCCCCGCGACGGCGAAUGCUGUGAGUUUCUCCUUGGGUUCGUCAAAGGGAAUCCUCUUCCCUCCCACGGCUUCAUCUCCAUAGUCGACCUCUACGGCCAAACGGAGCCUUGGGAGCUGUUCGAAGAUUCCCAGGUAAAAGACGGUAACUGUCGUUAUUUCUUCACCAAACUCAAGAAAGUCGGCGCCAAGAAGGGAAGAAGUUACCAGCGCUACUCGAGGAACGUCGGGGCCGGCUGGAAUUGGUCCAACAAAGGCCAGAAGUCUGACAUCAUCGGCCCCAAGGGCAACAUCAUCGGCCACGCCCGAACCUUCCGCUACCAGCUGAGAAACUCGGACAAUGUGGGGCCCACGCACGGCGAGUGGGCCAUGAAGGAGUACUCCCUUCCCGACUCAACGUCUCUCAGGGUUGAAGAGGACCGGCGGGACUACGUUCUGUGCGUACUCAAGAGGAAGAAGGAGAAGACCACAACAACUACAAGUACAGGAGGUGGUGUUGUCCAACCCGUCGAAGCAGAUUUGAGCUACCUAAUGGCCACGCUGGCACCCACGUCACAUGUCGGGGGUGAUGGUGGUCAUGUGGGGUCUCUUGACUAUCCGGCAACAGCGAUAGGUGGCGAGGUCAUAUGUCCGUCGAGUUUGCCGAGACUUCAGGAUAUUGAGAGUUGGCUGACGAGUAAUGACGAUGAGGUUUUGGAGGGCGAUUCUUUUGACUUCAGAGACGCGGAUAAUUGGUUGCAGGCGAAUGGGUUCCGUUGGUCGAGUGAUUUGCCGAUAAUUGCUAGCUAG